AUGAAUAUUUCAGAUGAACCGCGGUUUGCCGUCGAGGGAUCAAACGUGACAGUUGUGGUAGGGAGAGACGCCGCCCUUCUCUGUACCGUUGAAAACUUGCACAACUACAAGGUGGCUUGGCUCCGAGUGGACACACAGACCAUCCUCACAAUCGGUCCGCAUGUCAUCACAAAAAACCACCGAGUUGGUGUUUCCAGGAGUGACUCUCAGACCUGGUCGCUGACUCUUCGUGAUGUGCGCCCUUCGGACGGGGGGCGCUACAUGUGUCAGAUCAACACGGAGCCUAUGAUUACACAGACACAUAUACUGCAGGUUUUUGUACCACCUGACAUCGUGGACUCAAGCAGCAGCAGUGAAGUGAUGAUACGAGAAGGUGACAAUGUAACUUUGCACUGUGCUGCUUCUGGCACCCCACAACCUACUAUUCUAUGGAGAAGAGAGGACUCAGCAUUACUGACUGUUAAUGGAAAAUCGGUGUUAAAAUGGAAAGGCGAGUGGCUGAACAUGACGUCUGUGGAGCGGCAGAUGAAUGGCGCGUUCCUCUGCAUCGCCACCAACGGUGUACCUCCAACAGUCAGUAAGAGGAUCGUGCUACAUGUUUUAUGUAAACCAACAGCGAAUAUGACCCAAAAGAUGAUCGGAGGCUAUCUGGGAGAAUCCGUCCAACUGCAGUGCAUGAUAGAAGCCAAUCCACCUCCAGUGGUUCAUUGGACUCAUAUUAACGCGAACAGACUGCCUAAUGGAUCAAAGUACCAGGCGAGCAUGACAUCACAAGGAUACAAGCACACAGCUGUCCUAAAAGUAAACAAUGUAUCGAGAGACGAUAUAGGAUCGUAUCACUGUUAUGCAGAAAAUUCGCUUGGCGUUGAAAGUGACGACAUUACACUGUACACACUGGCAACUACCACCGUAACCACCACUUCCACAACUUACGAGACUACAAAGAUGGACACCACGUCCUCUCAGCCAUAUGCAGAAUUGAAUCCGAAUGAUGAAAUGUAUGAAAAAGACUCAUUUGAAGAAGAUAACUAUGUCGUUGUAUUAAGCCAACAUCAAAUGCAGAGCUUAGACCACCCUCCAAGCUCGUGACCAGCGGAAAGCUCAGGCCACUGGCCCAUGUGGUCUGAAGCAUCGAGAUCCACUUUCGCAGUGUAUGUGUUUAUAGUUUGCACGAUUGUUAUCCCGAUUGCGUAUUAAAUACGUACAAUAGAACUG